GACUUGUGCCACUGAUGCGCGCGUGAUAUAUUGCGCGGGAAUUUUGAAUUCGGAGUAUUUCGAAAUUAUUUUGGAGCUUUAUGAAAAAUAUAAAUAAUAUUUACCUUUUUCUGUGACGAAAGAGAUUUUGAUCUUGUUUUUGAAUUUUUCGUGUGUGUUCCAUGACAUUUGUGUUAAUUUAUUUUUAAUAAAUUUUGAAUUAUUUAGAGUGAUAUUUUUGGAUGUCAGUGUUUUGAAAUAAGAAUUGGUAUCUAGUCUGCCCGUAAGUGAUAUCUAGUCUCCUUAGUUAACAGUGUUUUUCUUUAUACGCAAACUGAAUUACUUACCUACAUAGAAAACAUUGGAACUAAACUUAUUCAGUGAUAAUAAAAAGGUUUAGAAGAAAUUAAGAUACGCACAACAGUAUCAAAAAAGUUCCGAGCACUAAAGCCAUCGAAAUGCAUACCAAAACAGUGAAAAAUAUUCUAGUCACUAGCAUUAUUCUACUUGUAAAUAUUAGUUUAAACUUAGCAGCCACUGAUAAUUAUGAAAGGACAGAUCUCACAGACACAGUCAAUACAGAUGUGGAAAUUUAUGAGAAAACAAAUGAAGAUCUUUUUAACAAUGAAACCGUUGCGAAACAAAACACAAGCGCAUCUGAAAACGAAGAAGGGAACAUCCCCGAAUGCGUAGGCGACGCCCAAUUCUGCAAUUUGACAGAAGAAGAUUACGUGUCAAUGUUGAACGAUUAUAUAUACCCACAGACUUACGAAUGGGUACUAAUUGCUACACACACUGCUGUUUUUGUCAUGGGUUUAGUUGGAAAUGCUCUAGUUUGUGUUGCUGUGUAUAGAAAUCACACAAUGCGAACAGUGACUAAUUAUUUCAUAGUAAAUUUAGCUGUGGCUGAUUUCUUAGUACUGCUUCUGUGUAUGCCUCCUACCGUACUCUGGGAUGUCACAGAAACCUGGUUCUUUGGUGACGUGCUCUGCAAGAUGCUGCUGUAUUUUCAGUCAGUGUCGGUGACAGUGUCAGUUCUGACCCUGACCUUCAUAUCAAUGGACCGCUGGUAUGCCAUCUGCUUCCCUCUGAAGUUCAACUCCACUACUGGAAGAGCCAAGACCGCCAUUUUUGUCAUCUGGACCAUAUCUCUUAUAUUUAACGCUCCAGAACUAGUGGUCCUGACCACGGUGCAGACAGUUCCUCUGCGCUUCGAGCUGCAGUACCUGGUCCAGUGUAUGGCCACCUGGUCUUCACAGAGCGACCUCGUUUGGCAUGUCAUCAAGGUUCUCUUCAUUUACACGAUACCUCUCUUGUUGAUGACGGUGGCGUACUACCAAAUUGUUCGAGUUCUGUGGAAGUCACAGAAGAUCCCCGGUCACGCUGAGAUGCUCAAACUGGCUCCUGCUGAGCAGACCCAGCUCCGUUGUCGUCGGAAGGCAGCCAAGAUGUUGGUUGCUGUCGUCAUCAUGUUUGCUGUCUGCUAUUUCCCUGUACAUCUGCUGUCGGUACUAAGAUACACCAUGGACAUGGAGCAGAAUGACUUCAUCACUGCCCUAGCCCUCAUCUCCCACGUGAUGUGCUACGCCAACUCUGCUGUCAACCCGCUUAUCUACAACUUCAUGAGUGGUAAGUUCCGGCGGGAGUUUCGCCGUUCGUUUUGCUGCAAUACAGAUCCAAAUCAAGACAGUUUCUCAACCCUGACUCGAGUGACCACGUCUAAGGGCCGGGGCAGUGCUAUUGCCCUCCGCUGCUCAUCUCGAGGCCGCGACGUGUGUAGCACUACAUUUAUAGCUAACGGCUACAAAAAUGGCUAUAACGGAUGCCAACAUUACAGUGGUUAUUUGCGGUCGUAAAUGUCUAUGUAUCAUUUUGUUUGUGUAUCGAAUUGUAAAUAUGAAAUUAAUUUUGUAAUUGCAUUAAAUGAUAGACUUUCCAGGCUGCGUUCCUCAAAAACAAACAAACAAAUAAAUAAAUAAAACAAUACAGGGUGUUAGUGACAUCGUAACGAAAACUUUGUGGGAUGAUUCAGACCAUGAGUCUGAUUUGAUAUCAAGUGAAAUUUUCUGUCGCAAAAGUAUGGAACUGAAUAAAAAAACUAA